UAAAACCCUUUCUGCGUAAUCGUGUAUUUCUCUUUCAACCUUUCUUUUCAGGGUUCAUUUGUGAAAUCUAGUUAGGGAACUGAGAAAACGCACAGAAAAAGUCAAAAAGCCAAAAAGCCGAAAAAGGAAUAGUAGUUGUUAACUACUACCUAAUAUAUAUAUAUAUAUAUAUAUAUAUAUAUAUAUAUAGUACUACCGAAAGCCUAAACGAGAGAGAGAGAGAGAGACUGAGUGAGUGAGUGGUAAGUUAAGUCGUUUGUUUGGUUUUGAUCAGCGGGGAUAUGGAUAAACUGUUGAACUUGAAGGAAUUUGAAGUUGAGCCGAAAAACUCGUCGGAGGCGGCUUUACGGCGGUGGAGAAAGCUUGUCACUAUUGUUAGGAAUCCACGCCGGCGGUUUCGUUUUAUCGCUAAUCUUGAAAAACGAUCCGAAGCCGAAAAGCAAAAGCUCAAAAUCAAGGAGAAAAUUCGAGUUGCUCUUCUUGUUCAGAAAGCAGCAUUGCAGUUUAUGGAUGCUGCUGGUCCACUUGAUUACAAGCUUACCAAUGAGGUUAGAGAAGCAAACUUUGAAAUUGAACCAGAUGAACUUAAUUCUAUUGUUCAUGGCCAUGAUAUUAAGCGCUUAAAGUUGCAUGGUGGAGUUGAAGGGAUUGCUAGGAAAGUCACUGUCUCCCUCGAUGAAGGUGUGCGCUCGGACAACGUAUCUACCAGGCAAAAGAUAUAUGGCUUCAACCGUUACACAGAGAAACCUCCAAAAACUUUUUGGAUGUUUGUGUGGGAUGCACUCCAAGACUUGACCCUUAUUAUCCUUAUGAUUUGUGCUGUGAUAUCUAUAGGUGUAGGACUUGCCACAGAGGGGUGGCCAAAGGGCAUGUAUGAUGGAGCAGGAAUUAUACUUAGUAUAAUCUUGGUAGUAUUAGUUACUUCUAUUAGUGACUACAGACAGUUCUUGCAAUUCAGAGAUCUUGACAGGGAGAAAAAAAAGAUUUCUGUUCAAGUUACAAGACACGGUCGUAGGCAGCAAAUUUCUAUAUAUGACUUGGUUGUUGGGGAUAUUGUUCAUUUAGGUAUUGGGGACCAAGUUCCAGCUGAUGGGCUGUUCAUAUCAGGAUACAGCUUGCAGAUUGAUGAGUCCAGUUUGACGGGGGAGAUUGACCCAGUGGACAUUUACGAACAAAAUCCUUUUCUUCUUUCAGGAACCAAAGUUAGAGAUGGGUCAGCAAAGAUGUUGGUUACAGCGGUUGGUAUGAGGACAGAAUGGGGGAAGUUGAUGGAAACUCUGAAUGAGGCAGGAGAAGAUGAGACCCCACUUCAGGUGAAAUUGAAUGGUGUUGCUACAAUUAUUGGUAAAAUUGGCUUGGCUUUUGCAGUGCUCACAUUUGUGGUUUUAACAGUGAGGUUUCUCAUCGAGAAAGCACUCAAAAAUGAGUUCACAAAUUGGUCUUCAACGGAUGCUUUGACGCUUCUAAACUACUUUGCAAUUGCAGUAACUAUAAUAGUUGUUGCUAUUCCCGAAGGAUUACCAUUGGCAGUGACACUGAGCUUGGCCUUUGCAAUGAAACAAUUAAUGGAUGAAAGGGCAUUGGUAAGGCAUCUCUCUGCAUGUGAGACAAUGGGUUCUGCAAGUUGCAUAUGUACGGAUAAGACAGGGACUCUAACCACAAACUAUAUGGUAGUUAAUAAGAUAUGGAUAUGUGAGAAAAUUAAAGACAUUGGUGGUAAUGAGAGCAAAAUCCUUGAUGAGCUGGAGAUAUCUGAAAGACUUUUUAGCAUUUUUCUGCGUGCUAUAUUUCUAAAUAGUAGUGCUGAAGUGGUGAGGGAUGAACAGGGAAGCAAAUCUCUUUUGGGAACACCGACAGAAACAGCACUGUUGGAAUUUGGGCUUCUUUUGGGUGGGGAUCAUGAUGCCCAACGACGACAGAUUAAAAUACUCAAGGUUGAGCCUUUCAAUUCCAACAGGAAGAAGAUGUCUGUGUUGGUGGCUUUUCCUGAAGGUGGCAUUCAAGCUUUUUGUAAAGGUGCACCAGAAAUAGUAUUACGAAUGUGUGACAAAGUUGUUGAUUACAGUGGAGAACUAGUUAUUUUAUCUGAAGAACGAGUAAGAAAUAUCAUGGAUGUCAUAAAUGGCUUUGCCUCCGAAGCUCUAAGGACUCUAUGCCUGGCUGUUAGAGAUGUAGAUGAAACUUGUCGUGAGAAUAGCAUACCUGAUAGUGGCUAUGCCUUUAUAGCAGUUGUUGGGAUCAAGGAUCCUGUACGUCCUGGAGUCAAGGAAGCAGUUGAAACCUUUUUAGCUGCAGGAAUUACUGUACGUAUGGUCACUGGUGAUAAUAUUAAUACAGCAAAAGCAAUAGCUAAAGAAUGCGGCAUACUAACAGCAGACGGGAAAGCCAUAGAAGGACCAGAAUUUAGUAGUGAGCCUCUUGAUGAGAUGAGGGACAUUAUACCAAAAAUUCAGGUAAUGGCACGGUCAAAGCCUUCAGAUAAGCUCAACUUCGUAACCAAUUUGAGAAAUAUGUUUGGAGAUGUUGUUGCAGUGACUGGCGAUGGGACCAAUGAUGCUCCAGCUUUGCGUCAGUCAGACAUUGGACUUGCUAUGGGGAUAGCUGGAACAGAGGUUGCCAAAGAAAAUGCCGAUGUCAUUGUAAUGGAUGAUAAUUUUGCUACUAUUUUGAAUGUAGCCAAAUGGGGACGCGCAGUAUACAUUAACAUCCAAAAGUUUGUGCAGUUCCAGUUAACAGUUAAUGUUGUUGCUCUUGUAAUCAAUUUUGUUUCUGCAUGCAUCUCAGGAUCUGUCCCCCUCACAGCUGUACAGUUGCUUUGGGUUAAUAUGAUCAUGGACACUCUUGGGGCAUUGGCACUAGCUACAGAACCUCCUAAUGAUGCAUUAAUGAAAAGGCCCCCAGUUCCAAGGGUUGCAAAUUUUAUCACCAAACCAAUAUGGAGAAAUAUCAUUGGUCAAAGUAUAUAUCAACUAAUUGUCCUUGGUGUUCUAAAUUUUGAUGGGAAGCAGCUUCUAAGGCUUACAGGUUCAGAUGCCACGAGUGUUCUGAAUACUGUGAUAUUCAAUUCAUUUGUGUUUUGCCAGUUGUUUAAUGAAAUUAAUAGCCGUGAAAUAGAGAAGAUAAACAUAUUCCAGGGCAUGUUUAACAGCCGGAUAUUUGUAGCCGUCAUGGUUUCAACAGUAGCAUUCCAAGUGGUCAUAGUUGAGUAUCUUGGAACUUUUGCCAGCACUGUGCCUCUAAGCUGGCAGCUGUGGGUACUUUGUAUCUUAAUUGGGUCAGUUAGCUUGAUUGUUGCUGUUAUUCUCAAGUGCAUCCCAGUUGAAAGAGCAGUAGUCGAGCCGAAGCACCAUGAUGGUUAUGAUGCACUUCCUAGUGGUCCAGGUCUAGCAUGAUUAUUCGAAAAGUGGACCAAAAUUUCAUUUCUGAGGCUACUUAAAUGUCAAUUGAUUGUUGGCAGGUUUUGGUUUUUGGGAUCGCUACUUUUAUUUCAUUUUUCUUCAUAUCAUUGGAUCUCCGGAGUUAGAAUGGUGGAUUUUGGAAUAGUGCUGAACUUUCAGGCACUCAUGAUCCUCGUAUGGCUUCUGACUUGGGAUCAGGAUUAAGUUUGUAUGUGACAGGAGUAUUUUCGAAACAUGGCUUACUGCACAUAAAAGAUCAGCCUGUAAUAAAUGAUCAGCCAAGAUUACAGGCUGAAACUACAUAGGAUGCCAACCACAUGAGAAAUAUAACCCCUUUUAUUGGUGUGUUAGAGAAACAUGGCAAUAAACCGUGCUUCUCUAUAGACCAACAAAAAGAAGCUAUAUUUUAUGAUGUGGUAGGUAACCAGUGUUGUUUCAGCCUGUGACCUUGGCUGAUCUUUAUGUUCUAUAGCAUCAUCAUGGUCAAGCUUCAAGCAAGUUUUUAGAACACUACUCUUAUAGAGCGAUACUUUUGUCAUUAUAAUUGAAGGCCUUUCUGAAAGCAAGCUUUGGCUUUUAUAUAUCGCAAACUUGGUAUUGGCUAUUGAGGGGGCAAAAUUAUCUAAAUCUGUGUUCUUUUCAACCGCAUUGUCUUUGUAUUGUUGAUUUACAUUACUGUUGUAAUGUGAAUGUACAAGGAAAUGAAGCGAUCCUUUUAGUCCUGCAAAACUGCCAAAAACAGACUUCUAUUCUAUACAAUCAUGCCACUUGAGGACUAUAAGUAAAGCAAAUAAGGUUUGAUUAGAGGUUUAAAAUUUGAAGUUAAAAAGGGAUGGGGUUUGCAAAAGAGAUUCAAGUUCCGAACUAUAGUACACGGGUUGG